GUUUUACUUUUGUUUGAAAAAUGAUGUUAUCGGCGUCGCCGACGACUUUAGCGAAAAGUUCGCUGGAAGAAAUGCUGGAAUCUCUCCGGCGACAAGACGAGGCCGAUAAACCUAAAGAUUUACCUCCGGCUUUACCAGCCCGGCCUACUUCCAAGGCCCGACUUCCCUCGGCUCGCCGGUCACUUCCGACCAACUUCAAAAUCGGUGCUAAUGGUGUAAACGAGGCCGUUUUAAGUGAAGUGAAGGGAAAUGAGGAAGUUAAAAGGAAGGAAAAGGAGUUGGGGGUGAAGGGAAAUAGUUUUGGGAGUAAAAAAAUGAGGAAAGGUGUGAAUGUAGUAAAUUCACCGUAUGAUUUGGGAGGGAAAGGGAAGGUGGAGUGUGAGGAGAAUGAUAAUAUUGGGUAUUUUACUCAGAAAAAACUUCAUGUUUGGUGCCGGCUAUCCAAUGGGGUGUGGGGAUCGGGAACCAUACAAUCUUCAUCAGGAGGGGAAUCAGUUGUCACCCUCUCCAAUGGAAAUGUUGUAAAAGUCUCUACCAGUGAGCUCUUACCGGCAAACCCAGGAGUUCUGGAGGGUGUGAAUGAUCUCAUACAGCUCAGUUAUUUGAACGAACCAUCCCUUCUUUACAAUCUUAAGCACAGAUAUUCUCGAGAUAUGAUAUUUAGUAAAGCAGGUCCAGUUUUAAUUGCAGUCAAUCCAUUCAAAGAUGUCCAACUUUACGGGAAGGAUUUUGUCACGAGUUAUAGACAGAGAGCUACAGAUAGCCCUCAUGUUUUUGCUGUAGCGGACAAUGCUUAUAAGGAGAUGAUGAAUGAUGGAGUAAAUCAGUCUAUAAUCAUAAGUGGGGAAAGUGGAGCUGGGAAAACUGAGACAGCAAAAUUUGCAAUGCAAUACCUAGCUGCUCUCGGAGGUGGCAAUGGUGGGAAAGAGUGUGAAAUCCUUCAGACACAUUGUAUACUUGAAGCAUUUGGGAAUGCAAAGACAUCUAGAAAUGACAAUUCUAGCCGAUUUGGCAAGCUUAUUGAAAUUCAUUUUACUGCACUGGGGAAGAUAUCUGGUGCCAAGUUUCAAACUUUUCUUUUGGAAAAGUCAAGGGUAGUUCAGCUGACUGCUGGUGAAAGGUCUUACCAUAUAUUUUAUCAACUCUGUGCUGGUGCUCCACCAACUCUAAGAGAGAGAUUGAAUCUUAAAACAGCUAAUGAGUACAACUAUCUAGGCCAGAGUGAGUGCUUGGUGAUUAAUGGUGUUAAUGAUGCUCAGAAAUUCCAAAAGCUUAUGGAAGCCUUGGACAUUGUUCAAAUUUGCAAAGAAGAGCAAGAGCAAGCAUUUGCAAUGCUUGCUGCAGUUUUAUGGUUGGGAAAUAUAUCAUUUCAAGUAAUUGACAAAGAAAAUCAUGUGGAGGCAUCUGCCGAUGAAGCUUUAACCAGUGCUGCCAGGCUGAUGGGUUUUGCUCCAGAUGAACUAAUGCAAGCUAUAUCUACGCAUAGAAUCCGAGUUGGCAGGGAUAGUAUUUGUAAAAAAUUGACAUUGCAACAGGCUAUUGAUGCAAGAGACUCAUUGGCAAAAUUCAUCUAUGCAAGCUUAUUUGACUGGCUUGUGGAACAAAUCAACAAGUCACUUGAAGGGGGUAAAAAACACAUUGGCAGGUUCAUAAGCAUCCUUGAUAUUUAUGGGUUUGAGUCAUUUAAGAAGAAUAGCCUUGAGCAGCUUUGUGUAAAUUAUGCGAAUGAGAGGUUGCAACAACACUUCAUCCGGCACCUAUUGAAACUUGAGCAAGAGGAGUAUGAAUUGGAUGGGAUUGAUUGGACCAAAGUUGAUUUUGAAGACAACCAAGAGUGCUUGGACCUAUUUGAGAAGAAGCCCUUAGGGCUACUUUCCUUGCUGGAUGAGGAAUCAAAUUUACCCAAUUCAACUGAUUUUACCCUUGCUAAUAAGUUGAGGCUGCACCUGAAUUCUAUUUCUUACUUCAGAGGAGAUAGAGGCAGGGCCUUUGGUGUUCGACAUUUUGCGGGAGAGGUGCUGUAUGAUACUAAUUGCUUUUUGGAUAAGAACCGAGAUGCAUUGAACCCUGAGGUAGUCCAACUUCUAUCAUCCUGUAACGGCCAGUUGGCACAGUUGUUUGCCAAAAAAAUGCUUAAUCAAUCUCUGGAACCAGCAAUUUCAUUGGAUGCUCCAAAGCAAACUGUUGGGGCAAAAUUCAAGGGCCAGCUCUUCAAAUUAAUGCACCAAUUGGAGAAUACAAGACCUCACUUUAUUUGCUGCAUAAAACCAAACUCCAAGCAACUCCCUGGUACGUUUGAAGAGGAUCUUGUCUUACAGCAGCUUAGAUGUUGUGGAAUUUUGGAGGUUAUUAGAGUCUCAAGAUCUGGAUAUCCUACUAGAAUGACACAUCAGGCAUUUGCAGAAAGGUAUGGGUUCCUACUGUUGGAGACCAUUGUAUCUCAGGACCCAUUGAGUGUUUCAGUUGCCCUACUAAAUCAAUUUAAUGUCCUUCCUCAAAUGUAUCAAAUCGGCUAUACCAAACUGUUUCUUCGAACUGGGCAGAUUAGUUCUUUGGAGGAUAGGAGAAAACAGGUAUUGCGAGGAAUAAUUGGGGUUCAGAAAUACUUCCGAGGUCACCGUGCUCGUCGCCUUUUCCAGGAGCUCAACAAAGGAGCAAAAAGUAUAAAAUCAUUUGUCUUUGGUGAAAAUAAACGAAGGAAGUAUGCUAUUGAGGCGAAUAGGUGCUCAGCAUUUGCUUCUCAUUUAAUUGAUGAGCAGUUAAUGGCAGUCAUAUAUUUACAAUCUGUAAUCCGUGGGUGGUUGGCCCGUAAGCAUUUCAAUAACAUGCAUAAUUUGAAACAGUCAAACCAAGAAAGCGUAAAGUCUAGACGAAAGACGGGUAGGAAGAUGUCUGAAGCAAAGGAGAUACCCCAUGAGCAACAGAUUCAAGUUCUACCUUCUGUGAUGGCCGAGCUUCAAAGAAGUGUUCUCAAGGCAGAAGAGACUUCGAGGCAAAAAGAACAAGAAAAUGCCACGUUACAAGAACAACUACAAAAGUCCGAGGCAAGGUGGUUGGACUAUGAGGCAAAGAUGAAAACAAUGGAGGAGAAGUGGCAAAAGCAAAUGACAUCACUUCAAACAAGUCUUACUGCUGCCAGAAAGAGUCUUGCUGCUAACAGUGCUGCAGGUCAGCUAGGAAGAGUUGAUGUGCUAUCUCCGCGAUGCUAUGAUUCUGAAGAUAAUGCGUCCAUGGGAUCUCGAACUACCGGUGGGAACACACCCGUCUUAUUUUCUAAUGCUAUGCCCGAUGUCGUUGGGGGUAGAGAGAAUGGCUCUUUGAAUGCACUGGGCAAUCUGUUAAAGGAAUUUGAGCAGAGGAAACAAUCUUUUGAUGUAGAUGCUAAAUCUUUGAUUGACAUCAAAAUGCCACAGCCAGGUUCUAAUGUGAACCCCGACGACGAACUUCGGAGAUUAAAGAACCGGUUCGAGACCUGGAAGAAAGAUUACAAGCUGAGAUUAAAGGAAGCCAAGGCAAGACUCCAUAAGCGUGGGCAUUCCGAGUCAGACAAAGCUCGAAGAAAAUGGUGGGGAAAGCUAGGUUCGAAGGCAUAAUAAAAUUCCCGGUCUGAAAUGAUCAUCUCCCAUUCUUGGGUACAAUUUCUUUACAUUUGUGGAAAAAAAAUUUCUGCAGUCCAUGAACAGUAAGGAGACAUUGUAUUUGUAUGUAUCUACCAAUUUUUGUUACUUUGGUGGGAGAGACUAUAAUGUGCAUAAGACAAAUAGGGAUUCG